AUGCCGCUGAAACACUAUCUCCUUCUGCUGGUGAGCUGCCAAGCCUGGGCCGCGGGCCUGGCCUACUAUGGCUGCCCCAGCGAGUGCACCUGCUCCAGGGCCUCCCAGGUGGAGUGCACCGGGGCACGCAUCGUGGUCGUGCCCACCCCUCUGCCCUGGAACGCCAUGAGCCUGCAGAUCCUCAACACACACAUCACUGAACUCGACGAGUCCCCGUUCCUCAACACCUCGGCCCUCAUUGCCCUGAGGAUUGAGAAGAACGAGCUGUCCCGCAUCAUGCCUGGGGCCUUCCGCAACCUGGGCUCGCUGCGUUACCUCAGUCUCGCCAACAACAAGCUCCAGGUGCUGCCUCUCGGCCUCUUCCACGGGCUGGACAACCUUGAGUCGCUCCUCCUCUCUAGCAACCAGCUGGUGCAGAUCCAGCCCGCCCACUUCUCCCAGUUCGGCAACCUCAAGGAGCUGCAGCUCCACGGGAACCACCUGGAAUACAUCCCCGAUGGCGUCUUUGACCACCUGGUGGGCCUCACCAAGCUCAAUCUGGGCAAGAACAGCCUGACCCACCUCUCCCCCAGGGUCUUCCAGCAUCUGGGCAACCUCCAGGUCCUCCGGCUAUUUGAGAACAGGCUUUCGGACAUUCCCAUGGGAACUUUUGAUGGGCUGGGCAACCUCCAAGAACUGGCCCUCCAGCAGAACCAGAUCGGAAUGCUCUCCCCAGGCCUCUUCCACAGCAACCCCAACCUCCAGAAACUCUAUCUGUCCAACAACCACAUCUCCCAGCUGCCCCCCGGCAUCUUCAUGCAGCUGCCCCAGCUCAACCGCCUGACCCUCUUUGGGAACAACCUGAAGGAGCUCUCCCCGGGGGUCUUCGGGCCCAUGCACAACCUGCGGGAGCUGUGGCUGUAUGACAACCACCUCACUUCCCUAUCUGACAACGUCUUCAGCAACCUCAGCCAGUUGCGGGUCUUGAUCCUCAGCCGCAACCAGAUCAGCUUCAUCUCCCCAGGGGCCUUCAACGGGCUGAGGGAGCUCAGGGAACUGUCACUUCACACCAACGCGCUGCAGGAGUUGGAUGGGAACGUCUUCCGCACUCUGCCCAACCUGCAGAACAUCUCCCUGCAGAACAACCGCCUCCGACAGCUCCCGGGGAAUAUCUUCGCCAACGUCAAUGGCCUCAUGACCGUCCAGCUGCAGAACAACCAGCUGGAGAACCUGCCCGUGGGUAUCUUCGAUCACCUGGGGAAUCUGUGCGAGCUCCGGCUCUAUGAUAAUCCUUGGCGGUGUGAUUCAAGCAUCCUCCCGUUCCGAGACUGGCUCUUGCUCAACAGGGCCAGGUUGGGGACAGAUGCCCUCCCCGUCUGUUUCAGCCCCGCCAACCUAAGAGGCCAGUCCAUUGUCAUCGUUAACAUCAACGCCCCUACCCCCAGUGUCCACUACCCCGAUAUGCCCAGCUACCCAGAAACACCUCGGUACCCGGGCACAUCCAGCUAUCCUGAGUCCACUUCCACCUCCUAUACCAGCGACUUCACCAGCCCCGUGGAGGACUACACGGAUCUGACCACUAUCGAGAACACCGAUGAUCGCAGCACAUGGGGCAUGACCCGGGCCCAGAGUGGACUGGCUAUUGCAGCCAUUGUCAUUGGCAUCAUUGCCCUGGCCUCCUCUGUGGCUGCCUGCAUCUGCUGUUGCUGCUGUAAGAAGAGGGGCCAUACGGUCCUGAUGCAAAUGAAGGCGCCCAAUGAGUGUUAA